AUGUCCUAUGCUUCGGCAGUUGAUAUUUCUCAGGUUUCCGAUCCGUCGUUUGACCAAAAAUGCCGUGUAAAUAUCUUUGCUCUGGACAUUGGAGGAUCACUUGCAAAAUUGGUGUAUAAACGCGUAUUUCGCUAUAGACGUUCUAUACCCCAACAACCCCGCAAAAGUGUCAGUGAGAAUGAAUUGCCUUUCGACUUUUACGAAUAUAAGGAACGUGAAGAUGAAGGACAAAAAUUGUGUUUUAUGAAAUUUGAGACCAGAAAUAUCGAAGACUGCCUUGAUUUUAUUAAUGUUAACAUUAUUCAGCAAGGUGCACUUCCCAAGGGGACAACUAACAAAAUUAAGGUCACUGGUGGGGGUGCUUUUCGUUACCGUGAUCUAAUUUGCUCCAAACUGGGGAUCGAACUGGAUAAGGAAGACGAAAUGGAAUGUCUUAUAAGGGGAUGUGUGUUUUUACUUAGAAAUAUUCCAGACGAAUUAUUUUAUUAUGACAAACAUGCCACUCCAGCACACGUCUUUGUUUCAAAUGGUUUAGUGAGUACAUUUCCUUUUCUUUUGGUCAAUGUCGGAUCUGGUGUUAGCAUCUUAAAAGUUGAAAGUCCCACUUCUUAUCAAAGAGUCGGUGGGACUUCUAUUGGUGGUGGAACAUUUUGGGGUCUAGGAACACUAUUGUCAGGAGGAAAGUUUACUUUUGACGAACUUCUGGAAAUGGCAGAUUCUGGGGAUCACCGUCAGGUUGAUAUGUUAGUACGUGACAUAUACGGAGGUGCAUAUGAGACUCUUGGACUCUCUGGAGAUGUGAUAGCAAGUUCAUUUGGUUUAGCAGCUCGUCAUCCUAAUCAACCCCGUGAAUUGGCUGACAUGGUGAAAUCUUUACUUAUUACAGUUAGCAAUAAUAUAGGUCAACUGGCUUGUCUAUACGCCAAACAGUAUAACCUUAAACGAAUUAUUUUCGGUGGGUAUUUCAUACGCGGACACGGGCUUACAAUGGAGGUCAUCACCUAUGCUGUUCGGUUUUGGUCAGGCGGAGAGUAUAAAGCUUUGUUUUUACGUCAUGAAGGGUAUCUAGGAGCAAUUGGUGCAUAUUUGAAAAGUUUUGAGGAUAAUAAUCCAUCUGAACGGAAAACAUUGUGGUCAGAGAAUUAUGUAGUAAGCUCUAGUAAUUCAUCCCUCUCUGAUAUUUCAUCCUGCACAAAAGCAAAUGAAAUCGAUCAGAGUAAAGAAACGGUUGUUUUAAAGAGCUCUUCAUGUGCUGUAGACAAUGUAGGUGUAGAAAAUGAAGUUGAGAAGUUUCCAGAAAAUGUAUCUUCUGAUGUUCUCGACGAAGUGGACAAUGUUACAACAUCUAUGAAAGAUGCAGCUAAACAUUCACCACUGAAACAUGAGAAAAUAAAACUACACAACUUUGAACUAGAUCGCGUAUUCACACACUCUUUGGAGAUGUUUCAUUUACUCGAAUCACCUGUUAAUUAUACACCUGAUACUUGGGACCUAACGCAUGACAAAGAAGCCAGGAUAUAUUGGUUAAACUGCUUUGAGAAUUGUAUAGAAUAUCAUAGAGCUAAAUCUGAAGAAAGUCAGUCUGAUAUGUUAUCAGAUGCUGGAGAUCGAUCAUUUCAAUUUGCAGAACGAUAUAAACGAUUCUUACGUGAAUUGAGAGCUAAUCCAAGUGGUCGUGGUUUAUUGACUGUACGUUGCCUUUUAUCUGCUCAGCAACACUUUUUACGAGAAUAUGGAUUUGGAGAUGUGUUUUGCUUACAAAAAAGAUGUGAAAACAGAGCAGCUCUUUCCGCCUUCACGGAUCGAUUAAAUAAACUGGCCAAAUUGGAUUGGCUUAAUCGUCAGUUGUCUCUAGUCCAAGGUUUAUUAGCUGGUAAUAUGUUCGACUGGGGUGCAGUUGAAGUUGUCCAGUUCCUCAAAGAUGCACCGCAGAAUAAAUUCGGUGCUGUUGACUUUCAAAUCACUCUGGAUAAAGUUCAGCGCCGACCUUGGUUAGUCGACGAUUAUGAUAAAUGGAUUAAUCGAAUCAGUGUACCUGGAUCCCCGUAUCGUUGUAUAUUAAUAUUCUGUGAUAACAGUGGUGCAGAUAUUAUACUUGGUGUAAUACCGUUCUGUAUGGAGUUUCUUAGUCGUGGAUGUAAAGUGAUAUUGGCGGCUAAUUCAAGUCCUGCUAUUAAUGAUAUAACUUAUCAAGAAUUAGAAUUACUUCUACACAUGAUAGCAGGUUUCGACCCGUUGAUUGCUGAUUCCCUUGCCAAUGGUAAACUUAUGUUAGCUGAAAAUGGUCAAACUUCGCCUUGUCUUGAUUUCCGUCUCAUUGCCAGCUCACUAGUUCAGUUGACAGAACGCGAGCAGGUUGACCUAAUUGUGAUCGAAGGUAUGGGACGAGCAAUUCAUUGUAAUCUGAAUGCGAAAUUCCUUGUCGAUACGCUGAAGAUAGCAGUGAUUAAAAAUUCAUGGCUAGCCAGAAGACUCGGUGGCGAGUUGUACAGUGUUAUAUUCAAAUUUGAAACAGCUUCACAUAAAUAG